UCAAUUUGACUUGCAUUUUUCUUCAUCUCUGAAUCCGUCCAUAAAUACAGAGGAUCACCAUCUGCCAAAGACGAAAGUGAGAAGACCUCGAUCAGCUACAAGAGAAAGAAGAAGUGGAAGAAAUGGAGUGUCCACCAAAGAAAUGGAAUUUUGUAGGGAACCAAGACGUGCACGAAGCAGCAUCAAAGACUCUGAGAGGAGUGGUGACGAAACUCAUGGGGAGUGUGAAUCCUGACGAUCCAAGGACCAUCCUACCCCUUGCCCAUGGCGACCCCGCCGUCUUCCCCGUCUUCAGAACUAGCCUUGAUGCUGAAAACGCCAUUGUCGAUGCUCUGAGAACCGGUGAAUACAACUGCUAUUCACCUGGCGAUGGGGUUGAAGAAGCAAGAAGAGCUCUUGCAAAGUACCUGAAUCGUGACCUGACAAACAAGUUAACAGGAGAUGACAUAUUCUUCGCGGUUGGAUGUAACCAAGCGAUUGAGAUAAUACUAACAGUGCUUCAACGUCCGGGUGCGAACAUUUUGCUGCCCCGACCCGGUUUCCCUCACUACGAGGCUCGUGCUGUUUUUAGCCAAUAUGAAGCGAGGCACUUUGAUCUUCUUCCAGAAAAGGACUGGGAGAUUGAUCUGGAAGGUAUUGAAGCUCUUGCUGAUGAGAACACUGUUGCCUUGGUUAUAAUAAACCCUAACAAUCCCUGUGGAAAUGUCUACACUUAUGAACAUUUGAAGAAGGUUGCGGAGACUGCAAGAAGGCUUGGGGUAAUGGUGAUUUCUGAUGAGGUUUAUGAUCAUUGUAUAUAUGGGUGUAGCCCAUUUGUUCCAAUGGGGAAGUUCUCAUCCAUUGUUCCUGUUCUUACUCUUGGAGCUCUGUCAAAGGGAUGGUAUGUUCCUGGCUGGCGCCUUGGUUGGAUGGCAAUGAAUGAUCCUUAUGGCGUCUUUAAAAGAACUGGGGUUGUUGAUUCCAUCAGAAGCUGUCAGUACAUCACUCCAGAUGCUGUAACUUUCCUUCAGGCGGCUCUUCCUGGAAUACUUAAUAAUACCAAGGAGGAAUUUUUUAAAGAUAAACUUCAACUCCUAAGAGAGAAUCUAGACUUUGCCCUUGACAAAAUCAGGGACAUGCCUGCCUUAACUUGUGUCAAGAAACCAGAGUCCUGUACAUAUUUACUGUUAAAAAUGAAUCUAUCAAUGCUGGAAGACAUUGAAGAUGACCAUGAUUUCUGUCUUAAGCUGGCCAAAGAGGAAGCAGUCAUUGUCCUCCCAGGAGACGCUCUGGGUUUGAAGAAUUGGCUUCGUAUAUCGCUUGGCGUUGAUCGUUCAGUUCUUGAAGAUGGGCUGGAGAGGUUAAAGGCAUAUUAUGACAGGCAUGCUGCUGCCCGUAGGCAUUAGAUUCAUACAGAAAGGAGUGAUGACGGGCGUUAGAUCUGUUUCUGCAGUUGAAUGAAAUUUCUCCCUUGUUUUUUUUUUUUUUUUUUGGGUUCUGAGGGUUUUUUCCCUUUACUAAAAACACAUAUAAAGGGGGGAGUUGAUCCGCACAUUCUGGUCAGAUUAGAUGCUUGGGAUUUGUCUUCCCACUUCUUGUAAUAACAUCCCAAGUAGAAAUAAUAUUCGUGUCCUUUGAAAUGAAUUACAAUUUGUCUA